AAAAAAAGGAAUUAGAUAUAGAAGACGAGCAUUUGGAAAAAAUGGAAAGAUAUAAGGAGCCAGAGAAACGUAUACCCGCUGGAGAAUCGAAUUCCAUCUUGACUGAAUGAACCAUAGGGCACUGUAUCAGAUUAAUUGAACACACUCCGCGCAUUCUGACGUAACGACCACAUUUUGACAUUUGAAUCGCAUGUAAAUUUUCAUUGUCCGCGGAAAUUAUUCUUUUUUGUGCCGAAUAGAAGAAAAGUGCGUGUGAUUUUACUCCAUAUGUGUGUAUAUAAGAAAAUCGAUUAUAUUUCCAGUUAAAACGCAAUAGUAUAUAUACAAUUGAAAUCAGGAAAAGCUAAAAACCCGGGUGUUCCUCGCAUUUUCAUACAUUUUUUCAUUAGUUUUGUGUUUAGAAAGUGGUUUUGGAAAAGUCCAUACUGCACAUUGAUUUUGAAGAGUAUUGACAAAUAUAAUACCAACACCAACAAUUAGCCAUCAUUUUAAGUACAACAUUCAAUUCUUCCUCCCGUACCAGUAGGCGACGUAAGGGUACGUCGCUAAAAAAAUAGCAAAAGUGGAUUCCGUAAAAAUCGAAGAUUUGAUGGAUUCUGAUCCUGACAUCGAAAUCAUCGAAAAGGAUAGCGGAAUGUCUUCGUUGAGUGGAAGCAAGGACGAAACACCAGAGCGACGAGCUGUAGAGAAAGUAACUACUACCAAGAAUUCGGAUGAAGAAACCUAUGACGACGAACCUGAUGAAACCCUAGGCGAACGACUAUGGGGACUUACAGAAAUGUUCCCCGAACCUGUCCGGCGAUUUACCGGUAAAAUGGUCGAUCUUACAACUACCAGCGUUAAAGGACUUUACACGUUCUCGUGCAAUGCUUCCUGGAUCUUCUUUACGAGUUCAGUUAUCUUGUUCGCACCCGUUAUUUUCGAAACGGAACGAGCACAAAUGGAAGAAAUGCAGAGGUCGCAACAGAAGCAAGUUCUCCUAGGUCCGGGCACAGCUAUGGAUCGCGCUGGUCCUCCACCAUCGUUGCCAUUAAUUCGUUAAGUUCGUACAAUUUAAACUGAUAAAUUUGUAAGAAAAGAUAAAAAAAAAAUAUCCCGUAACCAAAAAAUAAUCCUCUUACAAUAAACCAAUUAAAAAAAUAAAGAAAACAAAAAAAAAAGACAAGAGGAAAUUUCUUUUAACGCGUUCGUUUAUUGAUAAACAAAAAUGCAAUUUUCUUGUAGACGUAAAAUAAAACUAUUUACUAUGAAAACACUUAAA